GUAUGAAUUUAGUUCGUCAACUUGAUUUGCAUCGAAUACAUCGUACAACAAGACCAACAAAGCAUUGAUUAUUUGCAUAACCUAUAACUAACCGCUGACAAAACCAUUUGAAUUACAUCGUUAAAAUGGACAAACAGCGUGAUAUCUAUCGAAAACUGAUUGUUGAUUUAUUCAAAGACAACUUUGAAUCAUCGCAAUUCGUUGAAAAAUGUGAUGUGCUGAUGAAAGAAAGUGAUUUUGAAACCAUUCGUGAUGAGGUGGAAGGAGAAUAUUUUGUGAAAAACAGAGGAAUCACUCCGUACAUCAAAGCAAUCAAAUAUUUGCGGGCAAAAAUUGAAGCGUGCACAGCGGCCGCCACACUAUUUUCAGACAUUGAAGAUUACAUAUGCGGCAAAGAAAACAUUGUGAUUACGAAAAUUACAAAAGCUUCCGAAACUCAGGCGGAAAGAGUGAGUAUAACGAAGCGAAAGAAACAACAAUCGAAGGAUGCACAAAGUGAAGCACCCAUAGUACACGCCGAAUGCAAGUCACCUCAUUCUUGCAAAAAAUGUCGCAUCAUGAAAAAAUGUCGCUUGGAUGGAAGUGCUGUUGUAAAGAAACAACAAAAAAGGAAGCGAAAGAAUAGCAAAAAUAUUGUUUCACCGGAUGAAAACAAUACAGAGCCGUGCAAGCCACAAUAUUCUGACAUUUCUGAUUCGGAGACAACGAUCACUACAUCAUCACACAGCACAGAGUCCAACGAUAAAAAUGAUGAGACCAUAUACCAUCAGUUGCCAUAUGAUGACCAUCAAUACACGCGUAUUUGCUUCUAUGGAUCGAGCAUAAAUGAAGACGCGUCAAAAGUUGAAGAGAAGAAGGCUAUCGAAAUCGUAAAUACGGUAGAUGAGGUCAUUGGAACGAUUUCCAAACCAAAUGAUGACGAAGAGUUGAAGCAGCCAAAUAGAAAUCAGGUACCAAAUUUGUUGCCAACAAAUAUCGCGUAUCGAUUCAAACAGAAUAAUGGAUUGCGACAAAUAGCACCAACGCAGUUCACACAAUGUUUCAAAACCGUUGUUUCAAGUGCCACUUCAAGUGCCACAACUGUUCAUCAAGCUCCAACAAUUAUUCGGCCGAUUCCUCGCCUUGCUCCAAGACACAUUCCGCCACUGAUGACACGACCGAAUCCACGUCUAUUUUAUACGCCAAUCAAUUUCAGUGCUCCAGUGCACGUCUUGCAAGGAUCAGUCAUUCAUCAACCAGUCUACUACGUUCAGUUGUACCAACCACCGAACCAUCAAUACUUUACACAUAAUCGCUAGUAAAACCACCAUUUUUAUAACGGAAAGUUUCUUAAGAUUUAGCAUAAACGACGUAUGUUUGGUUUCACGAAUACGUAAAAUUACACCAAAUUAAGAAAAACUUCAUCUUUUUUAGUAUAUAAAUCAGCAUGCCAAAAUGCAUUAUGACUUCCUAUUCGAAGCAAAUAAAAUAGA